ACGGUGCUUGCUGGAAAUGACAAACGAGAGGCGGUCGAAAAGCAAAUGUGCAAGAAUACUGCGUUAUGGCAAUAUUUUACUUAGAAUUAAAAGAAUACACAUCGCAGCUCAAAUAUAGACCCAAAACGCACUGAUUAACACGGGGAGGUCAUUAUCUAAUUUCUUUGGACUAAAAGAAAAAUAUCCUUAAUGUUUUCAACCCUGGUGUGUUCAUCCCGAGCGAGCGCUCUAUCACUUGCUGUAACGAGGAACAUCAGAGUGUGCGGCUCCAGCGGCAGGAGAAGUUUUGCGCCGUGAUUUCCCUUAUGUUACUGCAAAGAGCAACCUAAAUAUUUCCCUAAUGAAAAUUAAUCUUUGGAGCGGUUCCCGGGACGUGACUAUGAUGAUGUCGAGCAAAAGUGUGGAAUGGCUGCAAGAAGAAUUGGAAUCCGGUGUGAGCUCACUGCUCUUACUGGAUUGCCGAUCGCACGAGCUCUUCGAGUCUUCUCACAUCGAGACGGCCAUCAAUCUGGCCAUCCCGGGGUUGAUGUUGCGGAGACUAAAGAAGGGGAAUUUACCUAUCCGCUCGAUUAUCCCGAAUAAUGAGGACAAGGAAAAAUUUGUCAAGCGGUGCAAAACAGAUAUUGUGGUUCUGUACGACGAGGCCACCUCGGACUGGCAGGAAAAUGGGGUGGCAAGCUCUGUUCUGGGGCUUCUCUUACAGAAACUGCGGGACGAUGGUUGUAAGGCACAUUACUUGGAGGGGGGAUUCAACAAGUUCCAGACUGAGUACCCAGAACACUGCGAGACCAACCUGGACUGCUCCUGUCCCAGCAGCUCCCCCCCUGCCUCCGUUCUGGGCCUGGGGGGGCUCCGCAUCAGCUCCGACUGCUCCGACGGCGAAUCAGACAGGGAGCCUGGCAGCGCCACGGAAUCGGAAGGCAGUCCCUUGCCCAAUAACCAGCCAGCAUUCCCCGUUCAGAUCCUCCCCUACCUUUACCUUGGGUGUGCCAAAGACUCCACCAACCUUGACGUGCUGGGGAAGUACAACAUCAAGUACAUCCUCAACGUUACCCCCAACCUGCCCAACAUGUUUGAGCACGACGGGGAAUUCAAGUACAAACAGAUCCCCAUCUCGGAUCACUGGAGCCAAAACCUGUCGCAGUUUUUCCCCGAGGCUAUUUCUUUCAUUGAUGAAGCUCGUUCCAAAAAGUGCGGGAUCCUGGUGCACUGCCUGGCUGGUAUUAGUCGCAGCGUCACGGUAACGGUGGCCUACCUGAUGCAGAAGCUCAACCUUUCCCUCAACGACGCCUAUGACUUCGUCAAGAGGAAGAAGUCCAACAUCUCGCCCAACUUCAACUUCAUGGGGCAGCUCCUGGACUUUGAGAGGACUUUGGGUCUCAACAGCCCCUGUGACAACCGCUCACCCACCAAUGAGCAGCUGUUUUUCACGACGCCAACCAAUCAUAACGUUUUCCAGCUAGACACGCUGGAGUCCACAUGAAGACCGGACCAGGCAGGGGCCCGGUAGGGUUUGGAGCAGCCAUUGCUUGAAUGUUUAAUCUCUGAUCACCACAGGCUGUCACACCUGAUAGCGAGACGAGGUGCUUGGACAGGGUGAGAGGUGAAAGAUUAAAGGGCACAUGGUAUGCUGCUUAGAAAGGCUUUUACCCAGAGUGUGGAUGCCCUGCUCACACUAAAGCUGUUGGGAAGCGGCUCGUCAUGCCUUUGGAACGUUAAAAAGGAUGUAAUGGACUGAAAUACAGAAUGCUUCAGGACAGAGAGCUUCAUUCAAAGAUGGCAAAAUGGAAUCUGCAGUGCUUAAUUUAUUGUUGUCUUUCACUGACAACAUCCUCGGUCUUCUGAGGUGAAAGGUGCCAAUGUGUAGUGUUUAAAGAGGGGAUCUCAAUGUACCGAAUGUAGGGUCUCAUUUUACAAAACCAAGGAAUUGACUCAAACACAACUAUGUAUGUAUGUUCACAUGCAUAAUAUAACGUAUAUGGACAGUACUUAACUGUGAGUAUGUCUGCAUCCAUUGUAUAUCUUUGUAUACAUUUAGACAAUGUAUACGUAAAAAAAAAAAAAUGACAAAAAAAACAACCUUAAAUAAUACAAUAACUUCUGAUGAGAUUGUAGCUACGAAGAAACA